UUCUACAUGUACAUCGAGACGUCGAGGCCGAGGCUGGAGGGGGACGCGGCCCGGCUGCUGUCUCCCACCUUCAACAUGAACUCCAAAACCUCCUCCUCCUCCCCGGUCAACACCAACCCCACCUACUGCUUCUCCUUCUACUACCACAUGUACGGGAAACACAUCGGAGCUCUGAACGUCUUUCUGCGUCAGAAGACUCAGACGGUGACGGACACAUCCGUCUGGAGUCUGGCCGGUAACCAAGGAGACCGCUGGCGACGAGCCAAGGUCAACAUCCACCCAACCGCACCUUUCCAGAUGGUGAUGGAGGGAGUCCGAGGCGCAGGCAUCGAGGGAGAUAUCGCCAUCGAUGAUGUAACCAUCGAGGAGGGCGAAUGUAAAGACCCUCCCCCAAACAAUCUAAGGUCGCUUGCUCCUCCCUUAUCACCCCAUAUAUGGCAGCUGUGCAUCACUCUGAGUCUGGCUCUGAUUGGCCAGCAGAGGUGACCCCCCCUCUCGACAGGACGCCACAUCCUUUGACUCUUCUUACCCUCCCUUCAAUCCCAUCAUCCCCCAUCAUUAAACAGCCCCCCUCCCCCCAACUACCAAAGAUAAGGUCAGAGCUUCAGAGAGGGCUGGCACAAAAGGUCAGGAGGUCACAUGGAGACACGUCAGGUUAGCUGCUUCUAAAUGCCUUCACUCUUUAUGCUAAGCUAACAACAUCCUGACUCUAGACACUUAACUCAGACAGCCAGAGAAUAAGUUCACUUACUAAAAUAUCAAACUUUUAACUUUCAAUUUUUGUGCAUUUAAAUGGUCUUCAAAGGCUAAAAUCCCUGUGUUCCCUCAGGGAGAGCUACUGAUAUUACAGCGCAAACACACCCAUGAAGUUUUGCAGCUUAGGGCGAUUAUUCAUGUGGAAGAGUAUACAUGUUGCCUUUGUUCCAAGACAACAGUAGGCAGAAAAAUUGCAGAGUUAUACCUCAAAACUAUGUGUGCAUUCCCCCCUGAGUGAGUGUUAAAACAAUAAGAAAUAGUUUGUAAAAAAGUAGAAUAACUGCCAAUCAUCCAACAGCAUUUUAAGAACAUUAUUUUCAAAGCAACUUCUGAAAAUCACUUAUUUGGUAUUUCACCUUGAUCCGGUUUCUCCUGUGAUAAUUGAUGACCUUUGGUUUCAGCUCAGCGUCACAAAGCACAGAAAAACAGGCGCUUCAGUCAGAAAAAGAGGAAAUAACAGCUUGAAUGUCAACCUUCCUAAACACCCACCAUCAUACCACCCCACUCAUACCUCCCCCCUCCUUACUCCUUACCCUUCUACAGAUCAACAGUACUGUAACGCAAGCUGGACGGACGAACUGCAUCUCUCUGUUUUUGCGGGGGAAGUUGACUUUUUUUCAGUGGGAGGUUACGACAGUAUUUUAAAAAACGAAAGAACUUGAAGAUGUUAUUUUGACGUCUGUCUGUCUGAGGAGAAGUUCCCUCUCUGCCACGACAUCAAGUGCCUUCAGACUCGCAGAGUAAAAGAACGCAGAAAAAAUAUAAUCGAAAAAACAAGAGACCGUCGGACAUCGUUAUGUCUUAAUGGCCAAGGAGAAGAAAACAACCAAUUCAUAUUUCUUGGUCUAAUUAUGCAGAGAAUUAGUUUCUUACAGAUUUUUUUCUUUUAUUGAGAUGAAAAUGUUUAUGACGACGAGGAUUCUGGGAAAACAGAAGCCAUUUUCGAUGGCGUAUAGAAGAGGCAGCAACAAAGACACAAAGGGAAGCAAAUAGACUAAUACGGACAUGAAGCUCCUUUGAUUUAUUUAACGAUUUAAAGAACAACCCUGCAAUCCUAAUCUGAGGAUCUGUGACUGGAUAUUUCAAAAUACAAGACAACCUGCUCGGACGAUUUCAAGCCUGAAGCAAAUGGGAUUUCUCUCUGAACGAUUUUAGUAUUUCAAAAUAACAGAUUUCAGAAGGAGGCGGAGACUUUGACUCUACCUGAAAUCAUCACUUAUAUUAAUCUACAAAAACUGGAGCCGGAGUUUUUGGAAGAAGGAGAAUGAAACAUGUAUUGUAAAAUCAAAUCUUAUAUUGUUCCUAUAAUAUUAUGAAGACAGGGGGAAUCUUUACACGUUUUAUGUACUUCAUUUUUCUUUUGUUUCAACAAGGGUGGGAUCUUAAAUUGAAGUUUAUUUUUUUGUGGAAAGACUGAAGGAAAAUUUGGGAGAUUGAAAACCCAGGUGCAGUAUUUUUAGUUUUGUUAGUUAAUGGUUUGAGAUUUAAUCAACGUUCUGCUGAUAAAACAUUUCUACUACAAACCAAAAUCCAUAGUGAGAAUUCAUCGAAAAAAGCACAAAAAUACAUAAAUGUUUGUUAAACAGUUUACGCAUCAAAACACACCUUUAUGGAAACAUCAGAUCUGCAUCUUAGGUAUUAUUAAGAAGCCCAUUUCUGCCAAAAAAAGACAAACAGGUAUAAAAAGUUUGGAGGCUGAGAAUUAUAAAGAUUCAUUGUAAAUAAUCCCAAAUCUAAAAGACCGAAAAAUUGCAAAAAUGUUGUGAUAAUUUAGGCUGAAUUCUCAAAGGAUUGAAUAGAAAUGAUUACAGUUGAUUUACUUUCCCUUCGUAAUAGAGUUCACUUUAAGAAUUAAAGGUUCUGAUGACAUGUAUUGUAACUUUUGCUAUACUUAUAAAUUAAUCUGUAUGGCUCAAUAGCUCAUAUUUUAUUAACAGUCUUUUACCAUUCCUAACAUUUUAUCAUUAUUUGUUAUAUUUUUUGUGGCAGAAAGGGGCUUAUGUACUUACUGAAAAAACCACACAACUGCCAUUGUGAUUAAAGUGGUUUCACAUCAUAUGUUAGAAAAUAAUCAUUUUAACUUGAAAAAACGUUUAAAGACAUGUUUUUCAGCAUCAUUUGGUUCAUUUAUGCAACAAAAUUCUGAAUGAAACAGAAAAUGUGGGGUCUGUUAUUUGAUAUAAUUGAAUAUCAGUCAAUUUGAUUAACUGACAGUGGGUUUCACAAAGUGUUUAGGAUUCGCUGUGACUUUAGAAAAAACCCGUUUGUAAUGUUUUUACUUAAGAAUAAUGCUGAUUCAUCACUUACAUCUCAGCCACUGUUACCCUCACAUUAGACUUUGAUGCGUUUAACAGAGGAUUUAUUAGAUAACUCAUACUCUCGGAUAAACAUCAUUUCUUUUUAAUGUUAUGCUGAUUUUUUUUUCAUCCCUGUGGCGACACUUUUCUUCUCUAUUUGUUUUUCCACUGCAGCUAAUAAUCUGAUUUUUAUUAUAGCUCCUCUGGGUGUCAGUUUAUCCUCCUCUGCAUGAUUAUCACAUUAACUCUGUUUAUGUGGCAUCCCUGGAGAUGAUUAGUCACAUCUGAUCUUAGCACAAAUGGGUUUCUUUAAAUAACGGGGUCCAAACAAAGAUGGCAGCCAACAACUGAUCAUUGUUUCGGUAGACUUUUUUUUUUUUAUGGAUCCUAGUGAAAAUAAAAAUACACUCCCAUUGAGAAAUCAGAUACUUAAAUACAAUGCUAGAAAAGUAUAUUAUAGCACAUUGGCAGGGAUAUUUACUGUCUCCUAUUUAGAGACCACAUUUCCCAGAAGUCCUGUUCUAUAAAACACACUUUUUGCAUCAAUGUUUGCUGUAAGAAUUUUCCCAUAUCAAUCUUUGAAAUCAGUUGAGUCACUCAGGCUCUCAUAGGCAAAACAUAAAUUGAGACCUUUGUUACAAAACCGUUAAAUGUUCCGUCCAUAUGAUAAUAGUCGUCUUGCCUCGUCAAAGACUAUGCUGCAGUGGAGAAACUCUUCCUCAUUUAUUACCCUGGGGUUAUAUGUUAUAUUUGCAUUUUGGGGGGGAUGGUGUGAGGGGCAAUACAAUAACAACUUUAAAAAAGCCACCAACACAACUGUGGACGUGUGAAGAAAGAUAUUUUUAUAACUGUGAUUAUUCUCUGCAAUAUAUUCUCAGAUCAGUUAGAAUGACUGAAGGUUACACUGCAUUCUGGUUAUUAUUAUUAUGAUUAUUAUUAAU